ACAGGUGUCUUUGAAGUCAGCUGUCGGCGGUGUACAAUUACAAUCCUUGGCUUGUGUUCUGUGGCUAGAACUGCUAUUUAAUUAAAUUAGAGGAUUGGACAUGUAGCGCAGCUGGACAAUAACUAAUUAUGAAAGAAGUGGGCAUCGCAUUGCCCAAGUCCCGAGGAGUGGGCGUGGGAGUACUCGCUGCCUUCCUGUUGUGCUUCAUUUUUUAUUACUUCUACGGGGGUUACAUGACGUUCGCGCUCUUCGCUGGAAUAAUCCUGAUGAUAUUCUAUUACGCCCAAGACCUUUUGCUCUAUCACCCGGACCUGCCAGCCAACUCCCGCAUUUACAUACCCAUUCCCACAAUGCACAAUCUGCCACACAUCACUGUCAGCAUCAAGACGCCCGAUAAUGUCACGCUGCAUGCCUUCUGGAUCAGUCAGCCGGAGGAGCGCUCAAAGUCUGUGCCCACUCUGCUCUACUUUCACGGCAACGCUGGCAACAUGGGACAUCGCAUGCAGAACGUCUGGGGCAUCUAUCACCAUCUCCACUGCAACAUUUUGAUGGUGGAGUACCGCGGGUACGGUCUGUCCACCGGAGUGCCAACUGAAAGAGGCCUGGUUACCGACGCCCGGGCAGCUAUUGAUUACCUGCACACCCGCCACGACUUAGACCACUCGCAAUUGGUCCUCUUUGGGCGCUCCCUAGGCGGGGCAGUGGUCGUUGACGUGGCCGCCGAUACCGUGUACGGCCAGAAACUAAUGUGCGCAAUAGUGGAGAACACAUUCAGCAGCAUACGGGAAAUGGCCGUGGAGCUGGUGCAUCCCUCUGUGAAGUAUAUACCAAAUCUAUUGUUUAAGAAUAAGUAUCACUCCAUAAGCAAAAUUGGCAAGUGUUCGGUUCCAUUUUUGUUUAUAUCCGGCCUUGCAGAUAACCUAGUGCCACCGCGCAUGAUGCGUGCCUUGUAUACCAAAUGCGGUAGCGAGCUGAAGCGCUUGCUCGAAUUCCCCGGAGGAUCGCACAACGAUACCUGGAUAGUAGACGGAUACUAUCAGGCAAUCGGAGGAUUUCUAGCCGAGCUGCAGCAGCAGCCAUCCCCGCUACAAAAGGCGCCAGAGAAGAGCAACGUCUGGGUGGAGCUAGAGCAUAAAAUCAUUGAUGUGUAGCUUUCAAACCUGCAGACAUCAAGUGUUCAAUUGACUGUGUUAACACUGCUAAUGGUUUAAUACUUAUAUUUACAUAAUAUUUACCUGUAUCUGACAGGGUUUUAAUCCGAACGUUGCUAUAUGCUAUGUUGCUUUUAUUGUGCAGAGAAGAACGUGCUAGCGGAGGUAGAUAUUAAUUUAAUAUCACAAUUUUAUGCUUUAGCAAAUGAAUUCACAUUAGAAUCCGAAUUUUUCCAAACUCCUAUGGGCACGAAGAUUAUUUGUACUGUGUUACGUUAACCUACAAUUUGACUUUACAUGAUUGGCUACCACUUUAGAUUGUAGAAAAUAAUCAGUAUUUGACAAGAGAAUAAACUCAUUUUCUGGACUGAUUCCUAGUUUGCCAGAUUUGUUAAAAAGAGCUUUCAUCCCCUAGCACGUUUACAAUUUGUGCUGGUUCCAUUUUUGAAAUGUUAAACUAUUUAAAUGUUAAGAUUGCGAAGGAAGCCAGAAAAAUUAUUUUAAGAAUAGACUAAAGUAAACGAAACCCGGCAAAUUUAUUAACAAUAAACUGCAAAUACUUGCUAAAAUCCAAUAAAA